AUGAAUGCUUGUAGAAUUGGUUAGAAGUGGAUCUAAUAGAAAUCGGUUGUAUUCAAAAUAGGAAUUACAAAAAGUUUGAAAAUAUUGUUAUAAAUUUUUAAAGUGUAUUCCUACAUUGAUUAUAAGAAAUCUAAUCCAAGACCUAAGAAUAAUAUAUCCUAAUUCUUGAAAGAGAUGAGAUGUCUAAAUUAGGAAUUUUUUAUGUAAAUAAUUAUUGAUGCCAAAUUUUUGUUAGGAAUAGGAGUUGGCUUUUUUGUGGCUUCAUUUCUAAUGUUACCAAAAAUUUAAAAUCAUUAGGGUAAUGGGUCUAAUCCUAAGCUAAAAUUAUCAUCUAAAUCAAUCCCUUCAACUUUAGAUUUAAAAUAAGUUUAUUUGAAGAAAAGUGACAAAUCCAAACAAUUUAAAGAGAGGGGAUCAACUUUUUAAUUAUAAAAAACAGGAUUAAAGAAUAAUAAAAAUGAUUUUUUGGAAGAAGAUGAAAUUAGAAAGAGGGUAAAGAUGGAGUAUCAUCAAUUUGAACCUAAGUUUGAUGAAACAUUUAUUGAAGUCAAAUCCAUUAAUACUUCAUCUGACUUUGAAAGCCCAUAAUAGUUAAGAAUUGAAUGCACAACCUUAUUACCAAUAAACGAGAACUUUGUAUCUUAACAAGAUGAUCACUAUUUUACUUAAAAUGAUAAGGGAUCCAAAGAAAUCGAAAAAGAUAUUUAAGCGCUAGCCAAUAUUUAAGAAUCUCCAGUAGUUAAUAAUAAUUGCUUUAAGAAUGAUGAACUAAAUGUUAAAUAAGUGUUCUAAAAUAGAAAUUAAGAUUUAAUAAGGAAUGAUUGA